CAAACUUAGGAAUGCAUGCUUAGGAAGGUGUGUGAUGUUAGUAUUAGCUUAAGAUCAGAGUAGAGAGAGGGAGAGAGAAUGUGGAGGCUGAAGAUAGGAGAGAGAGGGAAUGACCCGUACAUAUUCAGCACAAAUAACUUUGUGGGGAGGCAGACAUGGGAGUUUCAUGCAGAAGAUGGAAGCCAAGAGGAGAGGGAUGAAGUCGAAGCUGCUCGUCAACACUUCUCCUCUAAUCGCUCCCGUUUCAGAGCCUGUGGUGAUCGUCUUUGGCGAUUUCAGUUUUUGAGAGAGAAGAAUUUCAAGCAGACAAUACCAAGUGUGAAGAUAAAAGAUGAAGAGGAAAUCACAUCUGAAAAAGUGAUGAACACAGUGAAGAGAGCUGCUUAUUACUUGUCUGCCUUGCAAUCUAAGGAUGGCCACUGGCCUGCUCAAAUUGCUGGACCUCUCUUCUUUAUCCAACCUUUUGUAUUUUGCAUGUAUAUUACAGGACAGCUAGAAAAUGUGUUUCCUAAAGAGCAUCGUAAAGAGAUCUUACGUUUCUUAUACAAUCACCAGAAUGAAGAUGGAGGGUGGGGAUUGCAUAUUGAGGGUCAUAGCAACAUGUUUACUACAGCACUUAGCUAUAUAUGCAUUCGCAUUCUCGGAGAAGGACCUGAUGGAGGAGAAGACAAUGCUUGUUUUAGAGCUCGAAAAUGGAUUCUUGAUCGUGGUGGUGUCACCUAUAUACCCUCUUGGGGAAAGACUUGGCUUUGCAUACUUGGUGUAUUUGAAUGGUUAGGAAGCAACCCAAUGCCUCCUGAGUUUUGGCUCUUGCCUUCGUUUCUUCCUAUGCAUCCAGCUAAAAUGUGGGUUUAUUGCCGAUCAGUCUACAUGCCUAUGUCUUACUUGUAUGGUAAAAGGUUUGUGGGUCCAAUCACACAACUUAUUCUUCAACUGAGACAAGAACUUCAUGUUCAACCUUACCAUCAAAUUGAUUGGAGCAAAGCUCGCCACCUUUGUGCACAGGAGGAUCUUUACUCCCCACAUCCCUUGAUACAAGAUCUAAUGUGGGAUAGCUUAUACAUAUUGAGCGAGCCACUUCUUACUCGUUGGCCCUUCAACAAAUUGGUUAGAGAAAAGGCCCUUCAAAAAACAAUAAAGCAUAUCCACUAUGAAGAUGAAAAUACUCGAUACAUCACUAUUGGAUGUGUAGAAAAGUCCUUAUGCAUGGUUGCUUGUUGGGCUGAAGAUCCAAAUGGAGAAGCUUUUAAGAAGCAUCUUGCCAGGGUACCAGAUUAUUUAUGGGUUUCAGAAGAUGGAAUGACCAUGCAGAGUUUCGGUAGCCAAACAUGGGAUGCUAGCUUUGCUAUUCAAGCUUUGCUCGCUACCGGCUUAAUUAAAGAACUUGCUCCCACACUUGCAAGAGCACAUUAUUUCAUCAAGGAAUCUCAAGUUAAGAACAACCCUUCUGGAGACUUUAAGAGUAUGUAUCGUCACAUUUCCAAAGGGUCCUGGACUUUCUCUGAUCAAGAUAAUGGAUUGCAAGUUUCAGAUUGCACAGCAGAAGCUUUGAAGUGUUGUCUUCUUCUAUCAAAGCUACCUCCAGAGAUUGUAGGAGAAAAGAUGAAACCUGAGAGAUUUUUUGAUGCUGUCAAUAUACUGUUGUCACUUCAAAGUAAAAGAGGUGGUUUAGCAGUCUGGGAACCAAUUAGAGGUCAAGAUUGGUUAGAAGAGCAGGUGUUGAAUCCUAUUGAAUUUUUAAAGAAUAUUGUAGUGGAGCAUGAAUGUGUAGAGUGCACUGGAGCAGCAAUACAAGCUUUUGUUUUAUUUAGAGAGCUAUAUCCAACACAUAGAGAGAAAGAGAUCCAGAAUUUCAUUGAUAAAGCUGUGAGAUACAUUGAAGAGAUGCAAACACAAGAUGGUUCCUGGUAUGGAAAUUGGGGAAUAUGCUUCAUCUAUGGAACAAUGUUUGGACUUGGUGGACUUAUUGCAUCUGGAAAGACUUAUGACAAUUGUGCUUCCAUUCGUAAAGCUGUCAAUUUUCUUCUCACAACACAAAAACAAGAUGGUGGGUGGGGAGAGAGCUACCUUUCUUGCCCUAAAAAGAUGUACAUACCACUUGAAGGAAGCAAAUCUCAUAUAGUACAAACAGCAUGGGCUAUGAUGGGUCUUAUUUAUGCUGGACAGGCAGAGAGAGACCCGACUUCUCUUCAUCGUGGAGCAAGAAAUUUAAUUAAUUCUCAAUUAGAUGAUGGAGAUUGGCCACAACAAGAAUCAACUGGAGUAUUCAUGAGGAAUUGCAUGAUGCAUUAUGUAACGUACAGAAACGUCUUCCCAUUGUUGGCCCUCUCUGAAUAUUACAAGAAAGUUCCAUUGCCAAUUCAAUGCUUGAAGGCCUAGGCCAUGGUUUUUUAUCCCCUCCCCUUAUUUGGUUAGUACUCCUAUUUAACAAAGGGAAAGGAGAGGAGCCCCUUAUUUAAUUAAAUGGGUUGGAAAUGUCAUUAGGCCAUAAAAUAGUAUUUAACUAAGGAUGCAAGUGUAUUUGAAUCUCACUAUGUAGUAAGAAUAAAGACCUUAUUGAUGGACUAUACAUAACUAGUAUAUUGACUGUAAGAUCUAUCUUAAUUCUAUAAGGUGUAACUAUCACAGCUUGAAGGACGAUGUGAUUUGUACCUGUCUGUA